AUGAAGAUGGAGGACUGGGCGUCGCUCUACUUUACUCUCGUCCUCGUCAUCCUCUUCGCCUCUCUCCUGGGCACGCCCCUCGUCUGGUACCUCACCCGCCGCUUCGGCAAGCGCGAGGUGCUGAUGUACGUCUCCGGCGCCUGCUGCCCCUUCUUCUUCGCCUUCUUCUUCGUGCCCCCCCAGUCCUUCCCCACCGCCGUCAUCUACGUCGCCGGCGUCUUCGUCGGCCUGCUGACCGUGGUCAUGUUCGUCGUCCUCGACUCGAUGCUCGCGGACAUCAUCGACUACGACGCGCUGCACACCGGCAAGCGCUCCGAGGGCGUCUACACGGUCGCCGAGACCAACUUACAGCAGGAGGGUGAGUCAGUCAAGCACGCCGUGACUCUGAAGGUGAUCGGCGGCGUCGUGCCGCUGCUCCUCAUGAGCGCCGUCGGCUUCGAGAACAACGGAGGCUGCGAGUGCGGCUGCGGCGUGGCGUGCGACGAGGCCUACAUGCGCUGGAAGUGCCCUGGCGACAUCGGCUACUCCUGCGACGGGCAGAGCACGUUCGACUCUCCGCCGCUCUUCGGCGAGGUCGGCCGCCAGGCGCCGUGUGUCGACCAAGGCAGCGACGCGGUGGCGUGGAGCAGCGACGCGGUGGUGUGGAUCAUCCGCGCCUUCCUCUUCGCGCUCUCGGGCGUCUGCCUGCUGCUGGUGUGCCUGGGCGCGAAGAUCUACCCGAUCACCAAGGCGGCGCACUCGGCGAUCCUCGAUGCCACCGAGAGCCUGGCGGCCGGCGGGGAGGCCACAGACCCGCUGACUGGAAAGGCUGUGGUGCGGCGCGAGCACUUCUCUGCGCGCGAGCUCUCGCUCAGCAGCCACUGGCUGAAGACGCAGCUGCGGCUGCUGCUCUGGCUCGGCGCCUUCAUCGCCAUCCUGGCAGGCAUGGCGGCGUCGGGCGGCGAGGCGCGCCAGUACAUCGUCGCCAUCGGCGCCAUCUGCCUGCUGCGCCCUCUCUGCACCCUCUGCGGCGCGCAGCGCGCCAUCUGCUGCUCGGCCCUCUUUGUGCUUGUGCCGUGGGACGCCGCUCGCUUGCAAGUGCUGCUCAAGAUGAGCCGCGCCGAGCGGGCGGUCGGGCCGAGCGCGGAGGAGAAGGACAACUCGGCGCGCAGCUAG